UAUUGAUACAAAAGAUGCAACCCCAAUAAAACAAAGAUUUUAUAGGACUUCAUAUAAUAACCAGGAGUUCAUCAAGAAAGAAAUUCAAAAACUUUUAAAGUCAGGACUUAUAAGACCAUCCAAAAGUCAAUGGACUUCACCUGUGGUUGUAGUCGAAAAAAAAAACAGUAAAAAACGUUUAUGCAUAGACUAUCGGAAGCUAUACAGUGUCACAAAAAAGAAUAAUUAUCCUUUGCCUCGAAUUGACAAUAUGUUAGAAACACUUGAAGGAUCUCAAUGGUUUACUUCAUUAGAUCUUUCCAGUGGCUUUUUGCAAGUUGAAUUGGAAUUAAAAGAUAGAGAAAAGACCAUUUUUAUAACUCGUUUUGGGACAUACGAGUUCAAUCAAUACGUAGUUGUUUAUGUUGAUAACAUCAACAUAAGUUCAAGAUCUUUCGAGGAAUACUUAUUACAUCUGAAACAAAUUGCUCAAAAAGAAUAUUCCAUAUGUUUGGACAUUAUCACAACAAGAUACUUUCGAAAAAUUAAAGUACAAGUUGAUUACCCUUCUAUAUUGGCUUACCCUAACUUUGACAAGCCAUUUAUCCUAUAUACUGAUGCUUCCUCUUUUGCCCUGAAGGCAAUAUUAUCACAGAAGGAUAACCAAAAAAGAGAACAUGUCAUUGCAUACGCAAGUCGAACCCUUAAACCUCUUGAACGAAAAUAUUCUGUAACUGAACAGGAAUGCUUAGCUGUUGUUUGGGCUACUAA